GCUUUCAGCUCGCACAUGCGCAGAUUUCUCAUACGACUUGUUAACGUCAGACAUCAGAAACAGCAGAAGCUGGAGCAGCCGUGGAGACUGUUUGGGAAGUGUUUAGCUCGCCUUUCUCCGCCAUAUUUUGGAGAAGAAGUCCACUAUGGCUGCUGCUGCUGCGGUAGCUUCCUCUGUCAGAGGCAGCCUGAGGGAGGACUUGACCUGUGCCAUUUGCUGUGACCUGUUCAGAGACCCUGUCAUGUUGUCCUGCAUGCACCACUUCUGCAAGUCCUGCAUCUCCAGGUACUGGAGGGGAACCCAGGGGCCUGUAACAUGCCCACAGUGUCGCAAGGAGUUCACUUCCAAACAGUUUCACACCAACUAUAUUGUGACAGCCAUGGUGGAGAAGGUCCGAGUCGCCACCUCAGACGCUAGCAUCAAGAAACUAGAGAAACAGCUGAGCGAGGCUUUGGAGAGGCACCACUUAAGGAAGGAGUACAUCGACAACUGCAUCCACAAAGACAAAGAAAAGAUGGAUAUCAUAAAGAGAGUUGCAGCAGAUCUGCGGGAUCGUGUCAAAGGUGAAUUCAGAGCGCUCCAUCAGAUCCUGCAGGAUGAGGAAACCUGCAUGCUGGAGCAGCUACGGAGAGAGCAGGAGGAGGAGCUGCAGCAGGUGCAGCGUCACCUGGAGGCCUCGGAGCUGAGCGUACGCGAGCUAGAGAACAACAUAAGACUGCUUCAGCAGGCGAACGGCUCUCUGACUGAGUUCCCUCAGCUAAGCAGGCCCUGUGUGCAGGUGGAAACCGACACGGACUUCGAUGUGAAUGCUUUCAGCAGCAGAUACCUGGCUCCGCUACAGUACAUCACAUGGAGAAAGAUGUUCCACUCUGUGAAGCCAGGCCCUUCUCCUUUGGUGUUUGAUGUUGAAACGGCACACCCCAGCAUUUACAUCUCCAGGGAUAAAACCGUGGCUGUAGAGUGUGACGAUAUGAUCCUGCACACGAGCCACAGCCAGCGCUUCCUCCAGUGUGUCAACAUCCUGGCUGUGCAGAGCUUCCAGUCAGGCCGGCACUACUGGGAGGUAGAGGUAGGCCACAGCCUAAAGUGGGACGUGGGCGUGGCCUCGGAGGCUGUGGACCGACGCGCCCGCAUCAAGCUGAGCCCUGAAAGCGGCUACUGGACCCUGCGGCUGCGGAAAGGGAACGAGUACUGGGCCGGCACGCAGCCGUGGACCAGGCUGCAGGUUGGCUCGCCCCCUCAGAGGAUCGGGGUGUACUUGGACUGCGAUGAGAGGAGGGUGUCCUUCUACGACGCAGAUGAUAUGAGGUUGCUGUACACAUUCAGCAAUGGACCAAGGGGCAGAGCGCUCCCCUUCUUCAGCCCGUGCAUCAGCGACGACAGACACAGACCUCAGCCUAUAAGACUCCUGCAUUACCCUCCUGUUGCUCUGUCUGCCUAACGACCGCUCACCAGUCAGCAGUUACAGCGCAGCACUGACAUGCCUGUGUUACGGGGUUUGGGCUGUUCUCGUGUUUCUGUGUUAUGAUCAACCUGAAGAAUCCUGCUCAGUUUUGGGACCAAUCAGCCAGAUCAACACUUGAGAGCUUUAUAAGAAUAUAUAUAAACACCUUUAAUAUAUGUAGAUGGUUGCUUUUAAUUUUCAAAUGGAUAAUCAUCUCAUCACGUAUCCUUAUUCGCACUUGACAAGAUAUUUUAGUCACUCUAUUUAAUCAGCUUGUAGGACCUGAGCACUUUACUGAAAUGUUCUGAUAGAAUGGUUUCUCGUGUCUUCAGCAUGAGGCUCAAAAGGACGGUUGGCUUCUGCUGUUCAUGCAUUCAUGAUGCGUGCCUAAUUCUGAAUGUGGCAUGUUUUGUUCUUAUUGCCUGUUGUGGUUGUGUAUCUCUGCCACUCAGGUUUUGUAAACCCUGCUGAAGAAAUAAAACAUUUUUUCUUGAAA